CUCUCGCGGGCGGCACGGCACAACGCGCUUCGACCACCGCCAACCGACAACCCCCGCAUCCGCCUACACUCCACAUAAGGUACUAACACCAAGAUGCGUGGAGCCGGCGGAGUGCUUGUCAUAGCCGUGGCUGCUAUUAUUGCGUGCUGUGGCGCCGAUUCUCACCAGGAAUCUGACAUGAGCGCCGGGGAGAGCCCCGGGGAACAUUACGACGCCGCGACACAGUUUCUCAGGAAUCUUGAUCCGAUUGGUGGUGGGAAUUUUGUGAAGAAGGUCAGAGCUGCAAGGGACACGGGAUUUGUACCGUAUCUCAUGACAAGAAAAUUUGAUAACAGUCCCUUCGGCAAGCGCGAGCCGUGGCCGGCGGCGCCCGCGCGCGGCGGAUAUUACCCCGAGUUCCCCAAGCGCAAUUUUGACGAGAUAGACCGUUCGGGUUUAGACCAAUUCGUGAUCAAGAGGAACUUUGACGAAAUUGACCGAUCUGGCCUAGACCAGUUCGUGAUCAAGAGGAACUUCGACGAGAUCGACCAGACGUCGAUGCCGUUCCCGUACGCCACCAAGCGCUUCUACCACCUGUACGGGCCCAACCGCUUCGAGAUUGAUAUGCCUGUAUCGAGUUUCGACAAGAAGAGAUAUCGACCUGACUACCCUAUGGAUGAAAUCGAUCUCUCUCACUUUCCCAUCGGUUCCAAAAGGUCCCAAGACGCUUUCAGGCCGACCCUCUAAUUUUAUGUCUACUUAUCCCUCCCGUUAUUUGACUAGUGUAAUUAAUAUUAGUAUCAUUCCUUACAUAAUUAUAUUCAUAAUAUUUAAACAAUGGCAUAAUGCAGGUUCUUUAAGGAUUCGAUUAUGUUAUUCUCACUCAUUUGUAAGGAAUUAAUUUUAAUCAUGAUAUUGUGAACUGUUUAUUAUAUGUUCGAAAAUUAAUAAAUAUUUUGUUUACUAGUUACUACUAUUGUUAAGUAAUUUAACUGUAAGUUAAAAAUUAUGUCUCAUUAUUAAUAUGUCAAAAAAAAAAUAGGUGUUGAUAAAAUUAAAAAUAUACCUGUAAAUUAUUUUAUUAAAUGUAUUUUGGUGAUGCCUGGCUCACGAUGUAAAGUAAGUUUUAUU